AUGGGCCGGAAAGGUCGAGCAAAGGGCACCGGCUGGUGGGGUUCUUCAUGGAAUGCCUGGGAGUAUCCCGGGUGGGAGUCGUGGAGUUGGCAAGAUUGGCAAGAUUCGCGACAAGAUACGACUGAGAACAGCGGCAAAGGCUCGACCAGGAAGGGGAAGGUGGGAACAAGCCAUGGCAAUGGGAAUGGACGUGGCAACAUUGGAAACAAGUCCAAGGGAGAUUCGUCUCAAGCAAGUGACAUGGGCCAGGAGGAUGCUGAAGCAACAGUUGCAUUAUCGAAAGAGGCUAAGACCGCAGGCACACACGCAGCAGACUGCCCAUCAGACUUGGAAGGAAAGGCGCAUGAUGCGGCCAAAGAGAAGGUGCCAGACACGCACAAGUCUGGCCACGAGGUUGGUGGCGCUCCGGCUGACGUCCUCAACCAGAACGCGCAGGAGGACGAGGAGGAGUGGCUUCAUGAGCGUCGCUCAGAAGGCGAACUUUGGAGCGAUGGAGAAGAGGUGGAGGAAGCAGUAGAUGCGGAGGAGGAGGGGGAGGAGGAGGGGGAGGAGGAGGGGGAGGAGGAGGCGGAGGAAGAGGCGGAGGAGGAGGAAGAGGAGGAGGAUGAGGCGGCGGAGGAGGCGGAGGAAGAGGAGGAGGUGGACGAGGAGGAGGAGGAGGCGGAGGAGCAGGCGGAGGAGGAGGCGGAGGAGGGGGAGGAGCAGCUGGAGGCGGAGGAGGGGGAGGCGGAGGAGGAAGCGGAAGAGGAGGCGGAGGAGCAGGCGGCGGAUGAAGAGGUGGCGGAUGAGGAGGCGGAGGAGGAAGAGCUGGGCGACGAUGAGGAAGAGGAGCUACAACUAGAGGAGGCAGAGGAGGAAGCAGAAGAAGAAGACGAAGCAGCCGAGGAGGACGAGGAGGAGCAGCAGGAAGACGAUCAGGAAGAGGAAGAGGAGGAGGAGGAAGAGGAAGAAGAUGAAGACGAAGAUGAAGAUGCAAAUGAAUCAGAGGUUGAGGAAGCAUGUUCUCCCAAAGGGAAGGGUAAAGGCAAGGGAAAGGGCAAAAAGGCACUCUCGGACGACGAUGAAUCUCCCGGUUCCAAAGGCGAUCCUGGCAAAGGCAAAGGGAAGACAAAAAGCAGUAAAGGCAAGCUUGCAGCGAAAGGGGCAGGUAAAAGCAGAGCCGUCAGCGCCGACUACGUCGACGAGAGCAGCGAAUCUAGUGAUGAUGAUGAGCGGGAUCCUGCCGAACCUGACGUCAAGGGCAAAGGCAAGGGCAAGGGCAAGGCCUUUGGCAAGGGCAAGGGAAAAAGAAAAGGCAAAAACAAGAUGCCGUAG